CCAUUGUCCUAUUAUUCCUAAAAGAACUCUCACUCCAACCAUCUUCCUUCGUCUUCCUUUUCAACCUCUCUUUCUCUCUCUCUCUCCUCUUUUCCCUCUUCUUCUCUUCUUUCUACCUUACUUUCCUCAACAAAUUCAUCCUAAUUCCCAACAAAACCCUAAUCAUGUCCCUUAAUUUCUUUACAUAAUCCCAUUAAAAUUUCCCCCAAAAAAACACCUCAUUCAUCCAAUGGAUCAUCAUCAUCAUCAAUCACAAAACAAAUCAAUCUCAAUCUCAAAACCAAAUCUCCACCGUCUGAUCACAUCAAGUAAUGGAGGAACCCCUAAAUCACCACCGUCAAUUUGGUUCGAAAUCCGUCUUUUUUACGUCCGUAUUGCACCUUGCGCAAUUGACGCCACACCAGAUCACCUCACCCUCAAACACCAUCGCCAAGAACUCGGAGUUUCACUUGAAAUCAAUGGCUCUCGUGUCCCUGCUUCUGAAACGGCGUCGUCUACUCUCAGAAGAGAUCGCGUUGACAGAGAUUCUUCCGAGGUUACCUAUGUUAGCACCGACAACGUUAAGAUCUCUGGAGGCGUAGAAUUCGAGGUAUAUGAGAAGGAGAAUUUGCUUCUGUGUGGGUCCCUUGGAAGGUUCGAGAAUGAUUGGAGUAUGGAUUUUUACGCCGGAGGUUCUUCGUCGGCGUUUUUUCAGCCGAAAUUAGGGAUUUCGUCGCCGUUGAUUGAGGUUUAUGUUGCCGGAAGAUGGUCGGAUACGCCGGUGAUUUUGACGAAGAUGAUUAAUGUUAGUCCUAGGAGGAAAUCGCCUAGGUAUAGCAAUUUAGAUGCGAUUCCUGAGGUUUCUGAUGAGAUUGAGAAAGAUCAUAAGGUUGUUGUUGCUAAUGGUUUGAUUCACCGGAAAUUGCAGCUCAAUGAGACUGAAGAUGAUUAUGAAGCAGAAGGGAAAUUGAUACACAAUUGGUACCCAGAAGAGGUUUACGAGGGGGAGGAUGGCCAAUUGACUUGGUUUAAUGCUGGAGUAAGGGUUGGUGUUGGAAUCGGUCUUGGUAUGUGCCUAGGACUUGGUAUUGGUGUUGGACUACUUAUGCGAUCAUAUCAAACCACCACCAGGAACCUUAGGCGGAGCACCACCAACAAAGGGCCCAAAUCAACAGCCCAUCACAAACCCACACCACAAAUCCCCUUAAUCGUAACCCUAAAUUGCAUCGAAGACAACUCUCUAGAAGAAGAAUCUCUCGCCGGCGUAGCUAUCAUUGAACAUGUCGGCUUAAGCCGUUUAGCCGAUGGUAAAAUCGAGUCAGCCGCCGCUGUUCUUCUUCACUCAUUGGCUUUCCUUCCACGCGCCGCUCAACGUCGGCUUAGACCAUGGCAGCUUGUUCUUUGUCUCGGCUCAUCCGACCGAGCCGUGGAUUCUGCUUUAGCCGCCGAUCUAGGUUUACGGCUUGUACAUGUCGAUGUUUCUAGGUCUGAGGAGAUUGCUGACACUGUUAUGGCUCUUGUACUUGGUCUCCUACGACGGACACAUUUGUUGUCGCGACAUUCUUUGUCUUCGUCUGGUUGGUUGGGUUCUGUGCAACCGCUUUGUCGGGGGAUGAGGAGGUGUCGAGGGUUAGUUCUUGGGAUUGUUGGAAGAUCUGCUUCUGCUAGGUCUUUGGCUACUAGAAGUUUGUCGUUUAAGAUGAAUGUGCUUUAUUUUGAUGUUUCUCAGGGACAAGUAAGCAGGUCGAUAAUAUUCCCACCUGCUGCCAGGAGAAUGGAGACACUUAAUGAUUUGAUGGCUGCAAGUGAUGUGAUCUCUCUCCACUGUGCGUUAACAGAUGAGACUGUCCAGAUCAUCAAUGCAGAAUGUUUGCAGCAUAUCAAACCUGGUGCAUAUUUAGUGAACACUGGAAGCAGUCAGCUUUUGGAUGAUUGUGCUGUGAAGCAGCUAUUAAUUGAUGGGACUCUUGCUGGCUGUGCUCUGGAUGGUGCUGAAGGGCCUCAAUGGAUGGAAGCAUGGGUAAGGGAGAUGCCUAAUGUGUUGGUACUUCCACGAAGUGCAGAUUACAGUGAAGAAGUAUGGAUGGAGAUAAGAGAAAAGGCAAUUUCUAUAUUGCAAACUUACUUCCUCGAUGGAGUUGUUCCAAGUAGCGCUGUCUCUGAUGAUGAGGGUGAGGAAAGUGAAAUAACCUAUGAAAAUGAGCAGUCUGAUAAACAAGACAGAGAAAGGGUGUCACAAAGUCCAGCUCUUGAAUAUCUGGAAGUGGAUAACUCAAUGAUCCCAGAGAGUUCUUUAAGGAAAUCGCCUAUAGAAUUAGACUCUCCUAGCCAGCAUCAGGUUUCAGCUGUGUCGGCAAAUAACUCUGCUCGAUCUGAAACAAAGCAUAGUAGAUCCAGUAAAAAGGCUAGAAAAAGACAUGCUCGCCAAAAGUCCCAACUGAAACCUGAGGAUAUCUUAGAGAAAGAGAGUACUUCACCACUGGAAGAUGAUACUGCUAUGAGUGGUACCGAGCAGGUGCGGAGUUCUGGUUCUCGUGAUGCUUCACCUGAAGACGCUAGAAGUAGAAAAACACCGAUAGAAUUGGUUCAAGCAUCAUCAUCAGACAUGUUACAGAAAUCAGGCAAGCGCACUAAUAGGAACUCCGGGGAGCUACUUAAAGACGGUUGUGUUAUAACGUUACAUGCAAGGGACCGCGAUAUGCUGCAUGUCUCAAGACAAAGGGUAAAGGGGGGUGGUUGGUUCCUAGACACCCUGCAUACUGCAACCCAUAGAGAUCCUGCAACUCAGUUCCUUGUUGUUUUUGGAAGCAAGGAUACAAUUGGAUUACGAUCUCUUGCAGCUGGUGGGAAAUUGUUGCAGAUAAACAGAAGGAUGGAAUUUGUAUUUGCCAGCCACAGUUUUGAUGUAUGGGAGAGCUGGUCACUAGAAGGUCCCUUGGAGAAGUGUAGGUUGGUUAAUUGUAGAAACACACAGGCUGUUCUUGACGUACGAAUUGAAGUUCUGGCCUCCUUAGGAGAAGAUGGAGUUUUACGUUGGCUUUAUUAGGUUGCAGAGUUUGAGGACUGUUGGUUGGUCCUACAUCUCAUAUCUUAGGUUGCUUACAGUUUAUCAUGGCUUGUAUAUCUUUCAGUAUGAUUUACCCCCAUCAGCAUUUAGUGUGUUGUUGUUCAGUUAGUAUUUGUUUCAUUAUUUGUCUCUUGGAGAAUCAUUUGAGUUUAUGUUGAGCAUUCACAUUCACUCUAUUUGGCGACGAAAUGCCAAGAUUGAGAGUUGAUCCAAUUUUUGAUUAUGGAAAAGACCAGAAAUGUAACUUCCAUAUUCUUAUCA